UAGGAACUCAAAUGCGACGGUUGGGCUUCCCAGACGGAUCGAUGACAGUGCGGGACAAUGGAGGAGACCUGUCAACAUAUCUUGGAACGAGAUAAACUCGACAAGGAAAGCAAGAAGCGGGCGAGAAAGCAGAUGAGAGCCGCUCAUACUGUGCUAAGGCACGCAGGCAUUUCAACUGUGUCUCACGCCACGCAGAGCCUGGUCAUAGCAAAUGGAGGUCUUGGAAAUGGUGUAAGCAGAGAGCGCCUCCUCGAUAUGUUGAAGGGAUUUGGAUCAGUGCUCUCUCUUCUUAUGCCUCCAAACAAACCUUAUGCUUUUGUAAGGUAUGACUCGUUUGAAGAUGCAAAGAUGGCAUUUUUAACACUUAAUGGAUGCAAACUUCAAGCAGAAGGCCAGCCAGUCACCUUAUAUGUAAACUUUGUGGAUAAAGUUGAUUUUAAAGAGCAUUCCACCCAAAGUCUUCCUCCUGGUUUGCUGGUUGUAGAGGAUUUUGUGUCACUGGAGUAUGAACAGGAGCUCUUACAGUUGAUGGCACUGAACACUGCCACUCAAGGUACAAAAACUGCACCUAAGAAGUCAUUAAAACACCGAAAAGUGAAGCACUAUGGCUAUGAAUUUUGUUAUGAUAAUAAUAAUGUGGAUUUAAAUGCACCUUUACCAGGAGGUCUUCCCAUAAUCUGUGAUGAUGUGAUAGAUGAAUGUAUGAAAAUUGGGUAUCUGAAAAGUAAACCAGAUCAGCUUACAAUAAAUCAAUAUGAACCUGGCCAAGGAAUACCUCCACAUAUUGACACCCACUCUGCCUUUGAAGAUGUUAUUAUUUCUUUGAGUCUUGGAGCAAAGAUAGUAAUGGAUUUUAAACAUCCUGAUGGACAAAAUGUAUCUGUGCUUCUGCCUCAGAGAAGUUUACUGGUGAUGAAAGGAGAGUCUAGAUAUCUGUGGAGUCAUGGGAUUACUCCCAGAAAAUCUGAUGUUGUUCCAGUUAUUAAUGCUGAUGCAGCACAGAUAGUUAGUAGUGAUCUCGGGAACUUAACAUUAAACAAGAGAGAAACCAGAACUUCCUUUACAUUCCGGAAAGUGAGGCAAACUCCUUGCAAUUGUGUUUAUCCAUCAGUAUGUGACAGUCAAAGUGCUGGAAAAUUAAAUGUUCCUCCUUCAGUCCCACAAAGUGAAGUGGAUGCCUCAUGUCUCGAGCAAGAUUUUGUGCACAAAGUCUAUGAAGAAAUUGCUGGCCAUUUCAGUAGCACCAGGCACUCUCCUUGGCCAAAGGUGGUAGAGUUCCUGAAAUCCCUUUCUAGUGGUGCCUUGGUGGUAGAUAUUGGCUGUGGAAAUGGUAAAUACCUAGGCGUCAAUAAGGAUCUUUAUAUGAUUGGCUGUGAUCGUAGCAGGAACCUUGUAGAAAUCUGCAGAGAAAGACAAUUUCAAGCUUUUGUAUCUGACGCUUUGUCCAUUCCUAUUCGUGAUGGAAUUUGUGAUGCAUGUAUAUCUAUUGCUGUGAUCCACCAUUUUUCAACUAAGGGACGACGUUUGGCAGCUAUUAAGGAACUAAUGAGAAUUUUGAAGCCUGGAGGAAAAGCUCUCAUCUAUGUCUGGGCUUUGGAACAGGAGUACAAUAAUAAGAAGUCUAAGUAUCUGAAAGAAAAUAAAGCUCAAUUAAGCCAAAUAGACAUGAAAGAAGCCAAGCACUAUGAGCUGACUUCCAUAACCUGUACUCACAACAUGGAAGAUACCAGUGAGGACACUGCAGAGGAGCCUUUUCAAGCUGAACUAACUGUUCACACCAAUAGGACUUCAUUUCUGUCAAAGGAUUUGCUUGUACCGUGGCAUCUCAAAGGUAUCUCCAAGAAUAGCAGAGAAACUGAUAAGCCAAGGGUUGAAUCUGACAUAGAACCUCAAAACUCUGCUGUAUUUCAUCGUUAUUAUCAUGUUUUCAGCAAAGGAGAGCUGGAGGAAUUAUGUACUAAAAUUGAAUGUGUUCAGAUUCUCAGUAGCUACUAUGAUCAGGGUAAUUGGUGUGUCAUCAUUGGCAAAUUGUUAUAGAACUAUUUUAAUAUGAAUCAUUGAAAACCAUUUUAAUAAUUGUCCAAAUAAACUUUAAAGAAUGAUGGAAAUAUUCAUAUUCACAU